UCUGUACAACCUAUUACACCUGAGGCGGCGCCCUGUGAAGAAUGAGCUGUAUUAUUCACUCAGAAAUGUAACGUGUAGGAUUAUAUUAAUCGUUUCUCGCUUUAUUAUCGGAGUUUCUCGAGGCUAUAGGCUACUUUAGUCAUAGCACGAUUUCACGACUGUCUUUGUUUUAUUACUUCCGGGAAUAAAAGCCCUUCACACAGGAAUCGACGGAGGCAGGCUGAACACUCCUCCUCUCCGCCGAGCUCCCCUGUGCCUAGUCACACCACUCCCCCUCAGUUUGUCACACACACACCGCAAGCACACACAGAUCCACUGACUGUGUGCCGGGGAUGUGGAGCUCUGGUUUCAGUCAGGCUGCAGGCAGCCAGCACAGCUAUUGGGUUUGAGGUUCUCGUUUGCAUGCAGUGGCUGCCGACUGGCCGGGGUUCUUAACAACGCUGAUAUCAGCUUCUCAGAAAUCCAGGAUGAAGACAUGAGGAGGAGAGGACGCACAGUGGAUCAGGGUUUCAACCUCACCCCUUUCAAUGGAUUCAGUCUGGGAUGUUUGCCCCCUAAUGAAAUAAAAUAAACUAAGCAGAUCCUUUCUGGGAUCAAGAGUGAGUGCAGGAACAGGCACAGAGAAAGUUGGAUAGUGGAACAAAGGAAGUUGGACUUGCUAGAUAGGUAUCCCAGCCAGUGUGCCAUGACGGAGCCCAACGUCCCCAGCUGUAGCAGCAGCAUCAGCAGUGCUGGCCUGGCAUGGGCAAAGAUGUGUAAGGAGUGUGGCCAGCAGCACGAGGGGGGCCAGGAGAACCACCUGUACGAAUACCAGGAUGAGGUAGAUGACGAGCUGGUGUGCCACAUCUGUCUGCAGCCCCUGCUGCGGCCCAUGGACACGCCGUGCGGACACACCUACUGCUUCCAGUGCCUCAGCAGCUUCCUGAAGGAGCAGGACUUCUGUCCUGUGGACCGCCAGCGGCUGCAGCUGCACCAGUGCCGGCCCUCCAGCCUGCUGGUCAGGAACCUGCUGGACAAGCUGACCGUGCUCUGCCCACACCAAGCUGAGUGCCAGCAGCAGAUGCAGCGCUGCGAGCUGCAGCCCCACCUGCACAACAGAUGUCCUGUUUUCAGAAGGCUGAAGGAGGAAGCAGCGAGGAGGAAGAGACCCCCCUGGAAAGAGCUUAAGGGGAACAGGGGCGAGGGGGAGUCAGGUGCUGAUGCCAAACACACCCCUACGAUGACCCGCACCCCCACCCGGGGUGUCCUGCCCGAGCCUGGCCUUAUCAACCCCGCCUUCGAAGAGAGCGAGGAGGAGACCCCCCUGCGGUCCAGCCUGGUGGCCGAAACCAACGUGGUGGAGAUGUUUCGGGAGGAGCAGGAAGAGGAGUUGGGCCUGCGUAUCGUGGGAGGAAAGGACACGCCCCUGGGGAACAUAGUGAUCCAGGAGAUCAUCCGUGACUCACUGGCAGCCCGCGACGGCAGACUGGCCCCAGGGGACCACAUUCUGGAGGUGAAUGGCAUCAGCCUAGCCUCUAUCCCACACGGCUGGGCCAUCUCCAUGCUGCGGCGGCCAUGUCCCUUGCUCAGACUCAUCGUCACGCAGGAGAAGGGCUUCAACCCCCGUCACCCACAACGCCCUGGUCUCGAGCACCACCCGCCCCCCUCCCCCAUCACACCCACCACCUCCCCUCCCUCUCACAGUCCCCACAGCACUGCCCACAGCCAGGGCACGGUGAUCCAGGUGACGCUGGUGAAGAGGGACCGCUCGGACCCGCUAGGUAUCAAACUGAUCCGCAAGUCGGACGAGACAGGGAUCUUCAUUCUGGACCUGCUGGCGGGGGGGCUGGCGGCCAAGGACGGGAAACUAUGCAACAAUGACAAGGUGCUGGCCAUCAACGGGCAAGACCUGAGACACGGCACCCCAGAGAGCGCUGCACAGAUCAUACAGGCCAGUGAGGUGCGGGUGAACUUUGUGGUGAUGAGGCAGCCGCAGCCCCAGGAGGAGGGGGGCAGCGGGGGAGAGGGGCAGGGCCGAGUGGCCAGGAGGGCUCCAGAACCCCAGUACUUCAGACGCCCCUCCACCUACAUGAAGGAUCCUCCAGGGGGCUUCUCCAGCCAGGAGAAGACGGUGAGUCUGAAGAAGGAACCGAGGCUCUCCCUGGGUAUCACCAUCGCUGGUGGGAGGGACUGCCGCAGCCGCCUGCCCAUCUACAUCACCAGUGUCCAGCCUGUCGGCUGCCUGCACCGAGACGGCACUAUCAAAACGGGGGAUGUCCUGAUGAGCAUCAACGGCGUGGAUCUGACCCAGCUGACCUACAAUGAGGCGGUGUCGGUGCUGAAGGCCCAGACGGCCCACGCCCAGGUAGUCCUCAGGGUCAUCCAGACCAUCUCAGAGGAGCCCGAGGGGGAGGGGGAGGCCGCCAAAGAGGAAAUGGAGUCUGUGGAGAACCAAAGGGAGGAUGAUGUCAACUGGGCCCCGCUGUGGACCCACUGGCUGGGUCUGCCAAGUCACAUGCACUGGUGCCGUAACAUCGUGUUGCUGAAGACCAAUCAGGAGAGCUGGGGCUUCAGCAUUGUGGGUGGCUAUGAAGAAAGCCACGGACAGCAGCCCUUCUUCAUCAAGACCAUCGUGCCUGGUACACCCGCCCACUUCGACGGACGCCUCAAGUGUGGUGAUGAGAUUGUAGCUGUGAACGGAGCCACCACGGUGGGCAUGAACAACUCAUCCCUCAUACCCAUGCUCAAGCUGCAGAAGAAUAAAGUUACACUGACUGUGGUGUCCUGGCCGGGGAGCCUGGUGUAGAUACACACACACACACACACACACACCCUGCCCUGCUCAGCUCAUGUCUCCACUGAGUCUCUUGUCAUCUCUGCACACAACACCCUAGAAUCUCAUUGGUGACAUUCUUGGAAGGUUUGUUGUAUUGUUAUUUUAACUAGAUCUCUUCUGAUGUGGAUUGUAAUAUAGAUUGUCAAUUUGCACAUUGCCCUAGCUGACUAGUGUGACUGAAUGACACAUUUCAGUUGGUUCACUGCUUUGAUUAUUGUUGUUGUUACUCAAAAGGGCAGGUGAUUGUGAACAAAUCGGGCUAAUCAGGGUGGAAGAUGAAUUGACAAUCAGUUAACUAUAUUUCAAGGUAAACUGGAAGCAUCUUUACCGUUUUGGAAUUAUUGUUUUUACCCAUUUGUUAAUGAUGAUUUGGAAAAAUGCUACUGGCCUAUUUGCAUUUUCCAUAACUGGGAUAUAUUUGUAGAUCUCAAAUUUCAUGUGAAAAGGGCCUAUUUUAGGCUAUGAAAUAUAUCCUUAUAAUUUCACAGUUAAUGAAGAAAAUGGAUUUACUAUACCAAAUUGAUUAGGAAAGGGUGACCGUUGACUAUGUAGAAAGAUGCCAGUCACAUGUACCCAUCCUCUCCAACACCUUUACCUUUUAUUUUUGUACUAUUUAGAUUUUAACAGAUACUGUUGUUUUAUCCAUAUAUAAGGACAUUCUAGUGGCUUCUGGGUUUUAUGAAUGAUUUAGUUCCUAACUGUACUGUAGUCAUCUCUUCAAUUUCUGUGCAAUGCCUCAUACCAAAUGUCUUUGAUUAAUGUGGGUGCCUUGUACAUGUUAAAGGACAGAUCAAAGUUCAAACACUUGCCUUAAUUACCACAACCAAAAAUUGUUCUUUGUUCUUUAAGCUCCCACCUCUAGUUGUCUUACCAAUGAGAAAGUGGAGGGGGGAUCUGUUCAAUGUUAUCCAGCACAUUGUAGUUCUAAUGUUCACAGGAAGAGCCAGGAGGAGACCAGAGCUGCUGGCCUUAGUUGGAGCUUUAGAUUAACUUCUACUGUUCUUUUCGGGGUGUCAUAAAAACACUAGAGGCCUCUCUCAUUGAAUCCUGAGAAUGUGAUAUGAAACUAUACAGAGGGCUCCUAUUUCAGUUAAGGGAAAUAUAGGCAUUAUAUAUUGUGUAAUGGACCAUCCCCAGUUUCGUAAUGUUCUAAAACCUCAAUAAUA